GGAAACGUUGUUUACUAAUGUACAGUGUAUUCAUAAUUCAAUUUAGCUAUUAGUGUCACGACAUUACACACUACAGUUCGGACUGAAACUUCAAGUACCAUGUGAAUAAUUUUGUAAGAAUAACAAUGGCUCCCACCGGGCGCGGUUGCUGUGGGUGUGCGCUGCCCCCGCGCCGGCGGAUCACCGCCGGACUGGUCAUCUUCUUUGUCGCCAUCGUCAUCUCCUUCACCAUAUUUGGAUCUGAUAUGCCGCGCCUCCCCAGGGAGGAUGAGAUGGAGGAGCAUAUUGCGGAAAUGCAAUCGCACCUGAUGUAUUUGGAGUCAAUGUACCGGAACCGCCAGGAGGACAUACUGGCUUUGCAGGCCAAAGUAAGUGGUCGCAACUUCACUCGGAUCCGCGGAACAUUCGGUCGCCAGGACAAGGAGACUCCAGUCCCGCCUCAUAUUACUGCGCUUAUCAAGAACCUUAACGGUACUCGAGCUGCUACGGGACUGAAAACGAAAAGUCUGACUACCCUCCAGGCGCCGGUAGCUUACCGUUUGUUACCACAUCUCAUGAACGACGUCAACAGCCUCAAACCAGCCUACCACAUGAAGAGCAGCAGACUCUACACGGAAUACGUGAUCGGUAUACCAACUGUCAAACGAGACAAGGAAAGCUACUUGCUUAUCUGCUUGACGCAUUUAGUCGGUGGUCUAACAGAAGCAGAUGAGAAGAACAUUCUUAUGAUCGUGUUUGUAGGCGAAACGGACCUCGAGUAUGUCAUCAAUACGGCACAUCAAAUUGAAUCCAUGUUCCCGAAGCAAGUGGCAAGUGGUCUCAUAGAAGUGAUGUCUCCAUCCGCCUCUUACUACCCCGACCUGGAUGCCAUACCACUCAGCUUGGGUGACUCUCAGAAACGAGUCAAAUGGAGGACCAAGCAAAACCUGGAUGCUAUAUACCUCAUGUCGUACGCGCAAUCUAAAGGAACCUUCUACCUCAUGUUGGAAGAUGAUGUUAUAGCUCGGAAGAACUAUAUGCAGGACGUUAAGAAGUUCACUGCAGCGACGACGGUAACUACACCGAAAUGGUUCAUUCUGAGCUUCUGCAACGUCGGCGGCAUCGGCAAGUUGUUCCGGUCCUCCGACCUAGUCCACUUCAUCUACUACAUGGAGCUGUUCUACGGAAACAUGCCUAUAGACUGGCUGAUCGAGAGCUUCCUCGCCGACCGCAUAUGCAGCAUGGAUAAGUCAUCGGAACACUGCGGCAAGAGUAAGCUGCAAAUUCGACCCCGAUACAAGACACCCCUGUUCCAACACAUCGGCCUCUACUCAUCGUUGAAAGGAAAAAUCCAGAAGGUUAAGGACCCCAGCUACGGAACCCUGCCAGCACACUACGCUCACGACAAUCCGCCCCUAAGGGCGAUCCACUCCAACAUCAUGGAGCACGCUGACCACACUGCUAAAAGGGCUUACGAGGGACAUACCUUCUUCUGGGGUGUGAAGCCGAAGAAGGGAGACGUCCUGGAGUUCUGGUUUGAGAAACCUACGGAGAUUUCUAGCUUCCUAUUCCGGAGUAGCAACUUUCUGCAUCCGUUUGACAAGUUCUACGAAUCCGUGGUGGAGGUGUUGCCAGUUGCUUUCGGGUCCAACUUCACCAUGGUGCACUCUUUCGACGAGUUUGGCCUGGCUGAUGGUGAGCUCAAGCGGUCCAUGGGUCCCUUCUCUGCUAUACGCAUCCGCGUGAAUAAGGAUAGCCCGUACUGGGUGCUUCUUAGCGAGAUCGAGGUAAAGACUUUCGACAAGAAGAGUACGAGUUGACCAGACAAUACUCCCUGGGAGAGAUUUUACAAAAAGGCUACCAAAAGUCCCCACGUAACUCAUCUUAUCCCUAUGAUAAGGGUCUAAAUACUUUUGCACUUUUGCUCUUGUGUCGUCUUGGCAAACAAUCUACUUUGUUCAUAUUUCCUAUCAUUGAAAGUUUUCUGCGGACCUACAAGAUCUUGUGGCGCUUGGACAUUGUUAAAGGAAAAAAAUGACAUUAUCAUUUAAAGCUGACACUAAAAAUGACACUUAACUAAUAACGGUUUUUUUUUCAUUGCAAUUGCAGGUCACAUUCAUAUUGUUACUAGGAUGACAUUGAUAGGAUGAUCGCGUGACACUUUACAGUACCUAUGGCGGUGUUAGUUCUAAUUUGGCCAAGCACCACAGCCUUGUAGAACUGUUUACUUAAUAUGGCAUAAGACCGGCAGAAUUCUCACUAGUUGUGUUGUUUUAUAUUUUAUAAUAAUUUUAAGACAACACUUUAAACAAAUUAAUGCAAACCUAUUUUUAAGGCAUUAUAAAAUUCAUUAUUAAGAAAGCAUCUGUAAAUAGGUACGUGCACCUUGUGAAGUAAUUUGUUAAUCCAAAUAUUAUA